GUCAACUUUUACCAACCAAUCAAACGGGGACGAUCAAGUUUGACCAUAUCGUUCCAAGAUGGUGCUUGAAAGUACGAUUGUGUGUGUUGACAACAGUGAUUACAUGAGAAAUGGUGACUUUGUUCCCACACGUUUACAGGCCCAGCAUGAUGCAGUCAACCUUGUCUGCCAUUCUAAGACACGAGCAAACCCAGAAAACAAUGUUGGACUUCUAACCAUGUCCAGUGUUGAAGUUCUAGCUACUCUCACAACCGAUGUUGGUCGCAUUCUUAGUAAACUGCAUACAGUCCAGCCCAAAGGAGACAUAAAGUUUGGGACAGCACUCAAAGUGGCUCAUCUGUCACUCAAGCACAGACAGGGGCGUAACCACAAGAUGAGGAUAGUGCUGUUUGUAGGCAGUCCUAUUAUUGAGGAUGAGAAAGAUCUGGUGAAAAUGGCCAAAAAACUCAAGAAAGAAAAAGUAAAUAUGGACAUCAUCAACUUUGGAGAAGAGGGCUUCAACACUGAAAAGCUGACUGCCAUGGUCAAUGCUCUGAACGGAAAAGAUGGAACUGGGUCCCACCUAGUGACCAUCCCCCCUGGCCCCAUGUUGUCUGAGGCCCUGAUGAACUCACCUGUAGUUGUUGGUGAAGAUGGAUCAGGCGCAGCCAUGCAAGCUGUUGGGUUUGAGUUUGGUGUUGACCCCAACGAGGAUCCAGAAUUAGCCCUGGCACUGAGAGUGUCUAUGGAAGAGCAGAGAGCAAGACAGGAAGACGAGGCUAAGAAAACAGCACCAGCACCAGAGGAGGGACAAGUACAAAACAUGGAAACCAGUGGAGGAGGAGGGACCACAGACGAGGCGAUGCUGGAGCAGGCCCUAGCCAUGAGCAUGCAGCCAGAUGCCAUGGAGGAGCAGACUACCACUCCCAGUGUUCCAGAUUUUGGCUCCAUGUCAGAAGAAGAGCAGAUAGCCUAUGCCAUGCAGAUGUCCCUAGCAAACUCGGCUGCCAACACAACUGCGAACACUCCCGCACCAAUGGAUGUAGAUGAUGAGGCGAAAGCUGGAGCGGCAGAACAAGAGGAGAAAAAAUCUACCGAUGAGGAUUACUCAGAAGUCAUGAAUGAUCCAGAGUUUUUACAAAAUGUCUUGGAGAAUUUACCUGGUGUAGAUCCCCACAGUGAAACUAUACAGAACGCUAUGAGCUCUAUAAUGCAAAAAGAUUCCGGUAAAAAAGAGGAUGGAAAAAAGGAUAAAGAUAAAGACAGUAAAUAGAAGGGCCCUAAAUGUGAUUUGAAAUGUAACUGUGAAUGAAAGGACUAAUGUUUGCUGAAGUGCUACCUAUAAUACUUCAACUAUUAUGAAAUUGGAGUAGCUUGUGGUUUGUUGUAUUAGAAGUUGAAAUAUGUGUCAGACACAUUUUUUUCUGUAAAUUAACUUUUCAAUAUUUAAUUUAGAAAUCACAAUUUGUGUUUCUUUUGUCUUUUGAAGUUUAGUUAAAACGUUUAUUGGUACACUGAAAGUUGUGUCAUCUGAGAACUGAUUUGUGCUAGUGGUAACAGAUUACAUAGAAAGGUGGGCUUCAAGCUGACUGGGUUUCAUGAGUGAUAUCAAGUGUGGAUGUGUAUAGGUGUAUAAUAAAGGAUUAUAAAUGUUAAA